AUGAAAGAAAGGUCGAAUCAAACAGGCUGGUUGUCACAAUUUAUAGAAGCUAUUGACGUGACUCUUGAAUGGCUUGAGCACAAAGGUCAAAAUAUGAAAAUGGAUGCAAAGAAGCGAGAGCAAAUAUUGAGAGGACUGUAUAAUUUAACAGAGAUCGGGAACAACGCUCAAAUCUUCGUGAUAAUGGAAAUAGCAAGCGCAUUUCUGACAAACGAUCUAGAUCCGUUUCCAGGAAAGCGUCAAUACAUAGUGCAGUGUUUGGAAGAUGUCAAAGACCACCAGGAUUCCAUUGUGAGAUUAGUCGCAGAUGCGAGCAGGUUGCUUAAAGAAAUGUUGGAUAGUGAAAGCGUCGAUUUCCUAAUGGCCAUGCAGUUUGACAACAUCGUUAGGGAAGCAAAAACGAAGAUUGAUUUGUGUAGCCGGCGAUUGAACGGGGCAGAAAAAGCUAUUUAUGAGCUUGCUGGUAAAAUGAAAACCAUUAAAUGGAGUUUGCGUGGUAUGCGUGGCGCAGAUUGGGCGUUCACUGCUUAUUUUCUGUUCAAGCGAUAUCAGGAAUCCAGUCAUUCGUCAUUGGACCUGUUGCAGUUUGGUGGGUUUACCCUGGUCGCGGGUGGCCUAUGGAUGUGCUUAUUUCCAGGAACAGAGAGCGUUUUCUACGAGUCUAUUGCAAAACUCGAAUCACAACACUGUUUGUUGAAGGAGAAACUGGAAGAUUUGCAUAAGCUUGACUAG